AUGGGUGAUGCUUGGUAUAGUAAAACCAAUGAAACAAUUAUCCCGGGUAAUCCAGAUCGUAUAAAAGCUAAAUGGGAUCCAUUACAAUACUUAAAUUUGGCUCAAUAUCUUAAAGUAUUCAACGAAUAUCCACGUGAUUUCAAUGCACGUGUACAUGGACCAUAUUGUCCAUGGCGUUAUUAUGGAAAACGUGAUCUUCAUUUUGGUGAUGUUAAAGUAGGCGAUAUUCCAGCAUGGAUUGCUCGACGAGAUAAAACACCUAUGGGUAUUUAUCAAGGAGGUAUUCGAACAUUCUGGAAAUUUUAUCGUGCUUAUUUGGAUAAUAAAAGACCAAAUCUUAUUUGGUAUACACAAAUAUUUAUGGUUGCUUCACUAUUUAACUUUGUUUUCUUUGCUAUACCUGAUAGAAAACAUUACAAAUGGGCCAAAUAUCAUUAA